AUGGCUAAACGCGGCGCGGAGGCCGUGGCGUGUCGCGCGCCCUGGGAGACCUUCGCGCCUCACCCGCCCGCCAAGCGCGCGCGGGGCGAACCCGGGCCAAAGGAGCCGCCGUGCGGAAAGGCGCCCUGGGGCGGAGGCGGCUGCAAGAAACGGAAACGAGCGGGAGAGGAAGGGGAAACUCCUGCAAAGCGGCGCGGGCGUCCAGAAGGGCCGGCGCCGCCAGCAUCCAGCAGCGUCUGGGAAGGGACCAGGAAGCGGCGGCAGGAGCAGCCUGGGCUGCUGCCUGGGAGCGACGAGGAGGCUGGCUCGGGAGGAGCCCCAAAGCAUCCUUGGAGCCCCAAAGCAUCCAUGGCGGCGGAGCAUGAAGAUGAUGUUUGGCACUACAACUCCUUCCAGUAUUGGAGGCCUCCAUUACCUGCCAUUGAGUUGUCUGAUAUUCUCAAUUUAGAAAAAGAGAACAUGGUAAAAACAAGACACUCUAACAGUGCUGGCCUUUCAGAAAUGGAAACUUGAAAAACGACCCUUUGGCAAAUGUAUUUUGCAGAAGCUGGUUUCU